GGGUCAAAAUAAAUAUUUUGGCAGAAAAGGAUGCAAAGCAACUGGAAAAAUAUGCCUGUCCAAAAUGUGACUGUAUUCUUAAUGAUGCUGUUCAGACCAGCUGUGGCCAUUGGCUCUGUGAUGGAUGUGCUAAGGAGCUUUUUGACAGAAAGGAAAGUACAAUUUUUUGCCCUAGAACCGAUUGUGGAGAAGAAUUAACUACUGAAGAAGGAAGACCAUUCUUUCCUGACAGAUUUGUUCGUAAGGAGAUCAAUCGUUUUUCUAUAAUGUGUCGUAAUAGAAAACUUGGAUGUCACUGGAGUGGUAAAAUUGAUGAAUUAUUGGAACAUCUCAGGAGCUGUGUCUAUGAGAUUAAGAAAGAAGAGUGUUCUCAUUGUAAAGAGGGCUUCUCUUUAUCUGAGUACCAGUCUCAUGUUGAUCAAUGUCCUAAGAUGACUGUUGCUUGUCCUUUGAAAGAUCAUGGGUGCAAAGAAACCAAGGAAAUGACUAGAGAGGAAUGCAUUGAGCAUUUGUCAUCAAAAGAUGGUCUUUUUAAUCAUAUUGUAAUGAUGUUUGCUGCACUCUUUUCUCUAUCAACUGGUCCAUUGAAAUCCGAAUCUGGUGGCUCUGAUUCUAAAUAUUGUUCUGCUUUACCAACAGCACCAAGAAGAUAUGUUAGCACUGAUGAACCAAGUCCAUCACCAGGUCCAGGAAGUGACUUGGGUUAUUUGGAAGAUGGAGUAGCUGGAGCAGUAGGAGGAGGAAGAUAUGGAGAUAUGGGAGGAGGAAGAGUUGACAACAAACUGAUGAGUUUAGUAAUGACAAAGAUAACAGGAAUACAAGCAGAAUUAACAAAGAAGGACAGCCAAAUACACACUCUACAGGAUAAAGUGGCCCAACUGGAGACAACACUCUCUACUAAGAUGUCUGAGAAUGAAGAUAGAGAUUUCCGACUUUCCCUGAUGGAGAACAGUAAUUUUGAUGGUUCUAUGGUCUGGAAGAUACCUCAGUUCUCUCAGCGUAUGGAUGACGCUAGAACAGGAAAAUACGCUUCAAUAUUUUCUCUUCCGUUCUAUUUCAGUCGCUAUGGUUACAAGAUGUGUCUCCGCCUCUACAUCCUGGGGGAUGGUAUAGGAAAGGGCACUCACAUGUCUUUGUUCUUUGUUGUCAUGAAAGGAGAGUUUGAUAACAUACUCCAGUGGCCAUUCACACACAAAGUUACCUUCAAGCUAAUCAAUCAAUGUGGUGCUCGUGACAUCAUCGACAUAUUCCAACCUGAUCCACUGAGCUCGUCCUUCCAGAAGCCAAAAUCAGACAUGAAUGUUGCCAGUGGAUGUCCUCGUUUUGUGUCCAUGAAUGAGCUAAUGCAAGGUGGAUUCAUUGUUGACGAUACAAUAUUCAUAAAGGUCAAAGUGGACACUGCUACGAUGCGUCAUCCGUAGCUGCAGCAGGAGAGAGUCUAAGGAGUUAUUGCCUGAUUGCUCCAAACUGCAAUGAUCACUCCAACUACACUACUAGCAAAUUUACUAUUAUAAUCACUUAAUCGUCAUCAUUUUAUCGUUCUGCAAGUUGUAUAAUAAUGAAAUGAAGCCAUUUACUCAUUGAUCUACUGUGGAUAUAGGUCUCGUAGUGCAUCAUUCAAAUGUACAGUGCAUUAACUUGUACUGUGCAUAGUUGGGUUACUUGACCUCGUAGGUCUAUGAUUAAUUGGCUUGUUUCAUUGUGUUACAUCAUGCAGAAUUAUGAGUGGUGGUGAUUUUGUUAUCAUGGCAGUGAACUUGCUAUUAUUGUGUUGUAGUGAUUAUCUGUAGUAGUGACAGCUGCUACUUCCAUUUAUCCUCAAACAUUAUUAUCUUGAUUUUAUUGAUUAAUUUUUUUGCUACACCCCUUAUAAUCCAUGCACUUACCAUCUAAAAUGUCUGUGCCAGAAUUGCUACUCUAAAUCAUACUACUUUAAUCUACUUUGAUUAACUAAUUUUUAAUUAAUUCUGUAUUUUUACAUAUAAUUUUUCAGGUCUUCCAUAUACUAUGGUUGUGGCUUCAAUUGUGCAUUUGUCUUUUUUGUUCCCAAAUUCUUUGUCUCUGUAUUAUUGUAAAGUUUCAAUAAUUGUAAUAGUUUUU